GUGGGCUCCGUUGCUUUUGGCUGGGACCGACUUUUGAAUUCACAUUCCUAGUUUGGCGCACCACAUUAUUUGAAAAGGUGCUAGCCUGGCGUCAUGCAUCCGUUGCUUCCUUAGAGACGAUGGCACCCGCAGAAAAAACGCACGGAAAUCCAGGGUUUGGCAUCAGGAUGAUCCUACGCUCCCUUGCAGCCUGACUCUCCCGUGCAGCCUGACUCUGAACUCUAGUACAGCGGCCUUCUCCUCUGUUGUCUGAUCGGGCGACUCCGUCGUAUCAACGGCCGCGACCCCUGUUCACCGGCGUUGGAACCUCCAGUCUCACGAGCCAUCGCUCAACCCUUUUCACGUUCAUCUGCAUACAUUUCCUGCAACCCCGUUAAUCUCGCCUUUCCCUUUUCCCGUGGAUUCUUUCCUGGUUCGUCGCUUCUUAACUUCUGUUUUGGGAGUUUUGGACUCCAUUUGAGUGUUCUGCUUCACAUUGUUGAAAUUGGCUGAUUCUGCCUGCAAAUCCCGUUGAAUCUCCCGGUGCGCCGUUGCUCAGACUUACUGAUUGGCCUUCUAAGCUUUUUUUGGACCUCGUGAUGAGAAGCUCCCAGAAGUGCAUUUAUGCGACUUGAAUGCUCAUGCAACCCUUCCAUCUUGUGCCACCCCUACUUCCCACUUCACUUCUCAUUCCAUGUUCUUUCUGCACUGAGAUCAAAUCCUUCACUUCUACAUGGACCCAAUAUCAAGCUGUAUCACCUCCAGCUGUUUUGUGCUGGUAUUGAGCAGCUGUGGUAAAGAGGAGGGUUAAUGCUCGUGGAGUUGCUUGAGGCUUUGGUUCCACCAUCAAAGGUCUUGCAUGGUUUGUUUGAUUUUAAAACUGCUGUUGCAUAGAUGAGGAAGUUGUUCUUCUUUCGGUCUUCACAAGAUUCUUCAACAGCCACAAAUGGGAAGGUGCAUAAGGAGCCUCUCAAGCAUGUUGGUGGAGUUAUCGAUGACAUAAGCGAGGUCAAAGGGUCACAGUUCAUGAAAGACAAUGCACCUAGGCAAGAGAAACAAUACUUUAACAGCUUUGAUUCAGGCGAGUCCAAUUGGUCCAGAGAUACUAUCAAGUCUCCUGCUGGCAGAAACCACCAUGAUGAUCGAUCCAACUGCGAAGUCACCCCUGAGAGGCAAUUGAAAAUCAAGACAUCCAGUAAAUUGAAACAAAAUUCUCAGGGACAAGAAGCAAGGGAUUCUGGACACCCAUCAUCAAGAAGUUAUUCUGGAUCUGCUGGAAGCUCGCCUUAUUCAUCUCCUAUGCCUGUAAGAUGUAGAUCUGCACGCUUUACACAUGCGUCAACUGGAACUCUAGACCUGUACAUCGAUGGGGAGCAAUACGACAGGGAUAUCAGGCCCAAACAAGAUUCUUUUGAGUAUACAUCUUGCGCUGGGGAAGAUGGUGUCUUGGUAGAGAAUAGGCCUUUUAGGAAUGUGGGACGUCCACCAAGAUGCCAGGUUUCUUCAGGCCUAGAUUCAUCAGGAAAUAACAAAAAGGUUUCCAGGUCUCAUUCGUUUCGGGAAUUUAGGGAUGUUGGUUUCCCGUUUUCAAGCAGAGACGGAGUGGAAAGUCUUCCCAGCAGUUCCCCUAAUCAUGACCUAGUACAGAAUGUUGAUGGGAGGCUAUGGAAUGUGUUGCCUAGAAAAUCUAGACUGAAGCUACAGGAAGUUGAUGCUGAAACAUCCUCUACAUUGGAUGAAGAUGGUGAUAAUUGCCUAAAGAAGCACCCUCUUGUAGGACCUUACUCUUAUGUUCCUGGACAUGAGCAGUCAUUUGAUCAUUCUCAAAUUUCACGAACAAACAUGAACAACUCCAGUUCUGAGCAUAUGUCCUAUCCUUCCAAUGAUCUUGUUGGCCCUAAACAAACAUAUCCCGUGUACCAAGGACAAGAGGAGGAAACUGAAGCAACAAAAUUGGAGAAUUUCCAUGAUAGAGAUGAACAGUUGCUGGAAGAGUGUAAGGCAGCGGAGGAGAGGCUUGCGCAUGUCUCAGAUGAAUUUGAGCAACAUGUUCAGAGUAGAGAACUGGGGUCAGGUGAACUGAUCCAUAUGGUAAAGGUCCUUAACAGUGAAAGAAGAAAAUUGACUGCUGAAGUUGUUGAGCAGAUGCAGAGGCGGAUGAUGGAGAGGGAAUAUAUGAAGAAUACAAUUGAAAUGGCAAAAAUAGAGCAUGAAGCACUGGUGAGGAAGAUUGAGAAGGAGAAAAAUGAAAUUCAAUCAUGCUUGGAAAGGGAAUUGGACAGGAGAUCAGGAGACUGGUCGUCUAAGCAUGAAAAAUUUAAACAAGAAGAGAAGAGACUUCGAGAGCGUGUAAGGGAUUUGGCAGAGCAAAAUGUCUCUCUUCAGAGAGAAGUUGUUUCCUUGAGUAGCAAAGAAAUAGACAACCAUGCAAGGCUAGAAAAUAAGGAGCUGCAGCUGGGUGAUUUAAAGAAGAAAUUGGAAGAAUCAAUGCUGGAAGUUUCUACUGUUCGGCAAUCCCUAAUUGAGAUGGAGGAACAAUGCAAAGAAACAGAAGCUGAAAGAGACUUGAUUGGAAGAAACUAUAACAAAAAGGAAAUUGAGAGUAAGGACCUACAGAGAGUGGUGGUUAGACUACAAAAGACUUGCAAUGACCAAGAGAAGACAAUAAAUGGGUUAAGGCUUAAUUUGAACAUUGAGAUUGGGAAGGCAGCAUUUGAUAAAGAUGACUAUGCGUGCAAAUUACAGAUGGAAGAACUGAGACUGACAGGUCUAGAGCAAACAUUAAGGAAGGAGUUGGACUCCUCAAGAGUUGAAAUAGAGAUGCUCAGAAAGGAGAACAUAGGCCUCCUGGAGAGAUUACAAACUACUGGAAAUGGUGGUGGAUCUGCAACUGUCAAGCUUGAUCAAGAACUUCAUGCUCGGACUGAGAGCUUGCAGGACCAAGGGCUGUUUCUACUUGAUCAGAGCUGUUCGAUGUGUGAUGAAUUAUUGGAUUAUAUUAAAAUAAAGCUACACGAUUCAUAUUCCGAGCAAGACAGACCUUUAGGAGAUGGUAAUCAUCAAUUAGCAAGCUAUUCUUUCCUUGAAAUUGACCUGAAACUCCAGAGAUUGAAGCAAGAAAUCGAGAGUUUCAAAAGGAGCCUGCAGAUAACAUCUGGAUUUUUGCAUGAGAGGUUCAACCUUGUAACUGGAGAUUGUCAAAGUCAAUUGUCAAAUGUUGAUGAAAAUGAACCCAAACGAGGGCUCAAGCUGCACAAGUUGCAGGUGAAUACCUGCUUUGAGCUAGAAGCAGAAGUUCUAGUGGCCAGAGUACUGAGAGAAAAGUUGUGGUCAAAGGAGGUCGAGUUAGAACAUCUUCAAACAGAGCUUGCUUCAUCAGUGAGACUUCAUGACAUACUGAAGUCAGAGAUUCAGAGAACUCAGGAUUCCUUGUCCUGCCUAACCCAUAAAGUAAAGGACCUUGAACUUGAGGUUGGCAGAAAGAAUGAAACAGUAAACAAGCUUGAAAUGGAAGCACAAAAUUGCCAGAAAGAGCUUGCAGCGUUGAAGGGAAUACUGAGUCAGGUAUCAAAAGAGAGAGAUCUAAUGUGGGAACAAGUGAAAGAAUACAGUGAAAAGAAUAUGUUACAAAAUUAUGAGUUGGAUACUUUGCGCAAAAAGAUUGAAGCGCUUGAUGAAGAAAUAUUACUCAAGGAGGGCCAGAUUACAAUAUUAAAGGAUAGCCUUAAUGAUAGGCCGUGUGAGAUACUCUACAGUCCAAAGUCAAGCCAUGAUUUCUCAAUAGGUGAAUUAUCGGGAUUAUGAUCUUGUAGUGACCAACCCCAAGUAGCCUUCUUCUGUGCAGAUUUGUCAUUUGCUCUUCUUUUUUUGAGUCUUGGGAGUGUUCUUUUCCUGGUUUGCUUCUUCCCUUUUGGAGUCUUUGGAAUUGUUCUUGAAAGGAACUAUGUAAAUAUCCGUGAUUCUUUUCAUAAUAAGUCAGUCAGAUGAAUUUAGGAAGUCAUAUUUGUCGUAUAUUUGUAUAUUGUUUCCAGAGUCGAUAAAGUUCUCUCCUUCAUUCACUGGAGUGAAUUAAAUCAAGCUGAAUUUGAGUAUGUUUACAGCCAUUGUAUUGCCUUUUGCAGAACCGUGGCAAUCCUGUAAACUUUUUUUUGGCAUCAAUAUGGUGUUGCUACCAAUUUUAUUA